AGAUUAAAACGGUGCCGAUUCUCUUUCAUCUUUCGGCUGUCACUCAUGAUGACGCAGCGCUGUCAGUCAUCCGGCGGUUUGUUUGAUGUGUUGUGCUGUGGUGUGAUGAUCGGAGAUGUUGAGCUGCAGUGGGUCUGUGAUGGCUGGUGCUGUGGGUGUGGUUCUGGCCGCCCGGUGCUGAUGAAGUCUACCUCUGUGGCUUUAGAUGUGCUGCUUACUGGGUUCCCUCGGUGAUGGGAAAACUGGAAAUAACGCGGAAUUGUGGAAUCGUGAUUUCCAGGUCUUGAAAAGUUCAGGAGAAGAGGAAGAUGCCACUGAUGGUGUGGUCAAUUCCCAGUGUUACAAAAGCUUUAGAGUGAGAUUUGACUGUGGAAGUGUGGAUUUGACUGGUAAAUCAUCAUUUUGGUGAAGAUGGCUGCAACUACGCCCACCUCGGCCCCACCUCCCAAAAAGAGCAGAGGAAAACAGGAAAUAGAAACUCUACAGACAGCCAAUGAAGAGCUGAGGAGCCGAUUGAGUGACUUACAAAAUGAACUGCAACAGGAGAGAGGCAAGGUGGGUAAAUUACGGGAACGUUUGCAAGAGUUACGGGCCCAACGUGAGACUGAGCAGCACAAGCACUCGGUCGCUCUCACUGAACUCCGCGUCAAGCUCCAUGAGGAGAAGCAGAGAGAGGUGGCGGCCACACGAGAGAGCCUAUCUCGGCAACACGAGACCGAGCUGGCCCGGGCGGCACGACUCCGUGAGACAGAGCUGGCCCGGCUUCAGUCGCUGGUGUGUAUUUUGCGGGAUGGAGCCAGCAGCGAGCUACGUAAUGCCCUGAAGGAGGAGGCACGAGAGGAGGCCCGCAGGAGCUACGAGGCAGAGAAACUCAGGCUCACCCAGGAGCUGCAGGAGGCGAAGACGUCACGGCGGCAGGCAGAGGAGGCGCUCUCCCAUGCUGUGCAGGCCGACAGAGCCAAAGCUGCCGAUCUCAGAGUGGCCCAUCAAGCUCAUCAGGAGGAGAUCCAGAGAAUCAAACGUGAGAGCGAGAGAGAAAUCCGGAGACUGAUGGACGAGUUGAAGAGCAGAGAUCGUGUGGUGCAGUCACUGGAAAAAGAACUGGGAGUGCAGGCGGGACAGACACAGCGUCUAUUGCUGCGGAAGGAGGAAGCAGAGCGGCAUUAUGGGAGUCCGAAGAGAGAGGUGGCGUCGUCUCUCGGGGAAAACUCAGACUCUGUCAGUAACCAGGACGUGGAUGAGAAGGAUGUUAGGAGAUUUCACCUGAAGAUUGCAGAGCUGCAGGCAGUCAUCAGGAAACUAGAGGAUAGGAACACCCUGCUUUCAGAUGAGAGAAACGAACUGCUGAAACGAGUGCGAGAAACAGAAGCAGAGAUAAAGCCUCUCAUGGAGAAGAAUAAACGGCUGAAUAAAAAGAAUGAAGAGCUGCAGCAGACUCUACAGCGCAUGGAGGACAAACUGAAGACACUCAGCAGAGAGAACGCGGAACAGAAAGAGAAAUCCCAGCAGAACUUGCAGCCGGGUGGGCUGAAGAGACACACCUCUCUAACAGACCUGAGUCACGCCCACGAGCAACAGGAAGUCGAGUAUCUGCGCUUGCAAAUCAGCGAGCAGCGUGGUGUUAUUGAUGAGCUCACGCAGGAACGGGACAGGCUGAUAAUCAACAAAAAGAACAGGCGAAAAAACAUCAAGUUGCCCAGGAGGCAUGUUGUGGAGACAUAUUUUGGAUUUGACGAAGAAUCUGUCGAUUCUGAAACGUCAUCUCUGACAUCAUAUAACACCGACCGCACAGAUCACACCCCUGCUACCCCCGAAGAGGAUCUUGAAGAUGCCUUUUCCCGAGAGGAGGCAGAGCUGCGCUUUCGGCAGCUGACACGAGAGUACCAGGCACUGCAGCGAGCUUACGCACUUCUGCAGGAGACUACGGGGCCUCUGGACCCUGAGAGACACUGCAGGACACGGGAGCAGCUGCAGACGGAGCUGAUUGGCUGUCAGGCACGGAUUGCCGACCUGGAGCGGAGCUUGGCAGAGAAGGGGCAGGAUUCAAAAUGGGUGGAGGAAAAGCAAAAUCUUCUCAGGGUGAACCAGGAACUCAAAGAAAAGAUAGUGUCGCUGGAGCAGUGUGAAAUGCGAUUACGCUCAGAAGUUCAAGACACCCUGGAUCAGAAUGAGCUGCUUGAAUUCCGCAUUCUAGAACUGGAAGAGAGGGAACGCCGUUCUCCUGCCUUUAACCUGCAAAUCUCUGCCUCUGAAAACAACAGUAUCCUACAGCUACACUGCCAGCAAGAGGGUGUCAAGGAUGUCAUCAUUCCUGACCUCAUGAAAAAGCUUGACAUUCUUGGGGACAAUGGGAACUUGCGAAACGAGGAGCAAGUGACAGUCAUUCAAGCAGGCACUGUGCUGUCUUUAUGUGAAAAGUGGUUGAAGCAGAUUGACAGCACUGAGGCGGCCCUGACACAGAAAAUGGUUGAUCUGGAGAAUGAGAAGGAGCUGUUCAGUAAACAGAAAGGUUUCCUGGAAGAGGAACUAGACUACAGGAAGCAAGCUCUCGAUCAGUCCCAACUGAGGGUGCAGGAGCUGGAGGCCACAUUAUAUGCUGCCCUGCAGCAGGAUCCAGACAGCUGUGUGGGGGAGAGUUUGAGUGACAGGCAGCGAGCGAAGCUGGCCGAGUCAAUGGAGGCAGUACGGAGACAGAUCCUGCGGCAGAGUCGCCAUGCCGACACACUCGUCCUACAACAGCGCAUGGAGCUCCUCCAGUCUGCACAGCAGAGGAUCAGAGAACUUGAAGAUAAGAUUGACAUGCAGAGAAGACAAAUCAAAGAGAUUGAAGAGAAGUUUUUGUUCCUUUUCUUGUUUUUCUCCCUAGCUUUUAUUGUCUGGCCUUAACACCCCCCCCCCCCCCCACACACACACACACACACACACACACAUCAUAUUCUCUCUCUAUAUCUCUUUCUGUCUCUCACUGUCUUUCUCUAACACACACAGGUGCAGUAUCUAGACGAAAGAUACAAACUCAUCUUGCCACUAGAAACUUUGGUGACACAAUUAUUCCUCAGUUUGUUGUACAAAACAUGUUUUUAAAUAUUUUAUGAAGCGUUUCCAAAGAGAAACAUUCGUAUUUCAAAAGUUUCAGAGGCUGCUUAAUUUUGUUUUGUCCAAUUUAAAUUGUGUGAACAAAUAUAUAAUUGAAUGCACCGUAAAUAUUUGUUAUAAUGAGUAUUUAAAGAAACACCACACUUGUCAGACUGCUUUUAGUUUCAAUAAAUAAAGUUGUAUUUUUUUCA